CGUUUCCCAUUGACUUUGCUUGCUAGCAACUGGCUGGGAAGAUUGUAAACGGAAGUCAUGUGACCGCAACAACACCGCAAACAUUGUAAAUACAUGCCGGAUGCUGAGCAAACAAAUUGUGAUCACGUAACCUUGGGAUUGCUAUGUUGGUUGUAAGUGUCGGGACUGAUUGUAAGUCACAUUUUUUGGUGCUUUGUAACUGAAUGGUCACUAAAUGAAGGGUUGUACAUCAAGAACUAUCUCUAUUUACAUCUGACAAGCCCAGAUUGAGGGAAACUGGUAAGUAGGAGAUAUCACAUGAAUACAUUUCUGCAGAAAUGCACCGGUAAUCAAGAAUUAACUUUCUGUAGUAAUUUUACACCACUUUCCUUCAAAUUUCUUUUUCUGCUAGUUUCUCACCGACGCUGGGGACUGCUGGCCUUUGCUGUAGGUUUGGGCCUGGGAUUGCUGGCUUUGGCAAUCUUCCUGAUUCACUGGAAGAUGCACAGACUCCAUAGAGACGCAUCUUGCCGGCACCAUUCUUGUCCCAUCCUGCUGAUCUACUCUCCUGAUUCAGAGGAGCACAAACAGUUGGUCUGCUCCUUUGCCGCCUUGUUGCGGUCAGCGCUGGGCUGCCCUGUGCUAUUGGACCUCUGGGAGCUGGGCCACGUGGGACGACUGGGCAUCUUGCCCUGGAUGUAUGCCCAACGGGAACUUGUGGGUCGCAAGCAGGGCCAGGUGCUACUGCUGUGGAGCGCAGGCAGUGCCAACGCUUAUGGACUCUGGCAAGGAGAGGCCAGUAGCCCUGGUACGAAAGCCCCGGAGCCCUAUGACCUCUUUGGGGCAGCCAUGGCCUGUUUACAAGGUGAACUUCAAGGUACGGUCCAGCGAUGUGACUGGGUAAUCGCCUAUUUCAGUAAACUGUGCGACCGGCGGGAUAUUCCCUGUGCUCUGCGCUUUCUUCCCCGUUACCGCCUGCCUCAGGACCUGCCGGACCUUUUUGGGGUCCUUCAGGGCAACUCCAGCUCAGGACCCAGCUGGCUCCAUGCUAGUGCCAAAGCCCUUGUGUGCCACCUGCUCAAAGGCAAGAAGAAGAGGAAUUCACGGAAACUGCGGAAUCAACCAUGGAGCAAGAACAUCAGGAGACUGGAGGAAUCCCUGUUCCCCCUUGCUCAACCCAAGACACACAGGCCAAGCUGCACUUGAGGGCUGUGGACUAAAGGUGUAUUGCAAAAUGGGAUUGAUCCCACUGGUUAUCCGUAGGCGGAAGGCAGCCAUUGGGCCUCAGAAGGAUUGGCCGCCUUUAUGGUGCCUAAGAAAUGGCGUCUGUAAUCAUCUUGGCCGGUAAAUCCAAUGCCACAAAAACAAAGGAGGUGGUCCAGCUCAGCUAAACGUAAAGCAGAGAGAUUCCUCUGGGUCUGCCAGAGAGUCCACCCACCCCCUCCAUCACCUGCGGGUUCAUGGCAUCUGUUGCCAUAGAGAUGACAGGGUACCGCGAAGAAGGGGUCAUGGCCUUGUUGCUGAAAGCGGGAUGGUGCAAUAUGAAGGUUGUGGGCAGUCGUGUGAGGGAUUCACAGGGGCUGCUGCUUCCUAGCAAAUUCUUCCCAGAGGAUAGUAAGCUUGCCAAAAGGUGGCCAGGUUAGGCCCAGGGAAGAGGAUCUUGUUGCAAGCUAGAUGGACUAAACGAAGAGGCUGAAUUCUUGCUUUGUUCACCGUCCAUCACUUCAGGACUCUAAACCCUCAGAAGGUGGAGAACAUCUCUGACAGCUUUCAGAGUGUUCGUUUUAUUUGUUUCUUUUCAAAACACGGGUCCUUAACAUUUCUAUUUGUGGAGGCACAAAGACCAGCACAAAGAAACCUGCAGAUAACAUAGCAUAACAUAAGAGUUGGAAGGGACCCUGGAGGUCAUCUCGUCUGACCCCCUCCUGCUCGAGCAGGAGAGACUAUUCCAAAUAUUAGCCCCUACCUAGGAUCGAACUCACAGCCUCCUGAUUGUGAGGUGAGAGUCGACCUCUAUGCCAGUGAUC